GCAGCACGAGCAGUUGUCAUCCAAGGCUGCUGUUGAUCAAUGCUUUUCGCGAAUUACCCCGCUCUAUGGCCCUAAUGACCGCGGAAAAUGGGGCGUAGAUAAUAGCGCACGAUGGGGAAGGACGCCGAGUUACUGGAGGCUGCCCGGAAUGGCAACUUCCAAGUGGUGGAGAAGAUCCUGAGCUCGAAAGCGAAGAGAUCAGGCCCGCUUGCAAGAAAGAGUCUAAAUUCAACUUUCUACGACAAAUA